GGGGUUUUACACGUCCUCCCUUCAGUACCCAACUCAUGAGUACCCAACUCAUCCGACCUGCCAUUUCCCUUUUACUUCCUCGGUUGAUCUUCCUGAUCAGGCUGCCUUCUGGCAUCAGCACCCAGACGAUUUGUUUCCUAACCUUCCUUCCCACCAGAGCAUAUCCUGGAGUUACAAAUUCCUCCCAGCUUCCGUAGCUCUAAAACAAUUCCACCAACGAUCUUCGUGUUUUUCUGGAACUUCCCGUCUUGUUAUCUCCCAUCUCACUGACACACACGCUCUCAUAACCUCUGGUUCUCCUUCCACACGCUCUCUUUCCUCCUCCUCUCCGUCCUUUUGCUCUCCUCUCCUCUCCUCUUUUCUUCCAACCCAAGGCUUUCCUUCUUCUUUCUGCUCUCUCACACCCAUCAGCUCAAUCGGCGAGUUACACUCCAUACGCACCAGCAGGAUGGCAAGAAUGGCCAAACACAAGAAGCUGGCCCCCGAAGAGAAGACAAUCUUCCGCGGCCUGACCAUCGCCAGGGCAGGCGACCUCAACGCAAAGAAAGGCCGCCGCAAGCAGUGGAGCGACGCCAGCAUUGCCCAGUGGGUCGUGCUGCACGGAAGUAAAUUCGUGGGGGAGAAGUUAGAUGGGGACGUGACGCACCCGGUCUGGUCGAAGGAGGAGUUUCGGCGGAUGCUGCCUUUGGGGAAACGCCUCAGGACAUGCAAGUUCGUCAAGCUCGACUGGCUGGAGGACUCGAUCCAUGAGAAGAAGCGGCUUCCCGAGGCGAAGGACUCGCACGUGGAGGCUCUCAAGAGGGAGCACGAGCGCGAGCGGGUGGCUCUGAUGGUGAUCAAGGGCCAGGAGAAGGCGGAGAAGGAGGUUGAUACGAAUUUCUACCGUGUUUACCGGGACCAUACCUACUUUCCUUACGAGGUGAAGCUGAAGAGGACGGUCUGGGUUGCCAAGGAGGGCGUAUUUCAGGAGGAGAAAUUCACUCUUUCGCUAUACGGAUCCUAUAACGACGAACCGCACCUCUACUGGUUCGUGGCCAAGUUCUCCAAGAAGAAAGGCGACUCGCAGCCAAGUUUCCACCGACCGGGCGGCUCGCCAGGCGUCUUUGCCCGCGAGUUUACCCACUUCAAGUACUUCUUCCAGACUGAGACGGCAUCCCGGAUCGGAAUCCAGCGGAAUAAGCUAAUGCGUACACAGAGGGGUGGCAAGCCAGUCGGCCGGGCCCCGGCCCAGUACAUACCGGCCGAGAUUGCCGUCAUUGACACGGCAGAUGCGACGACCGCGGACCCGACCGGCACUGCUCAGCCAGUUAUACCGCCUGCUAUGGUGGCAGACACCCACAACGGCCACGGCGAAGACACACUCUCCAAGAUUGCAGCCGUGGCCGCAAAGAUCUCAGACGCGUCGAGCCCAGCCGACCAACUCAUGACCCCAGCUUCGUCGCCGCGAGCCGACCUCAGCAUCACGGUUGCCUCCUUUUUGCCGCAGGAACGGGAUGAGAAGCAUGGCGAUUCCGCAACGCCGUUAGUGGACACACCUCACUCCAGCUAG